UAAAUGUAUUUUUAUAAAUAUGUAAAAAUGUAAGCGUGUAAACAUAAUAUAUGGUACAUCCAAACCUGUUUGAUUAAAACCUAACGGGGGGCGGAACCGCGAACAGUGUGUUGCAGUCGGAGACUCACAGCAUAGGAGGGUCGUAACCAUGGGCUGUCCCAUCGCCACCUCGAUGCGUUCAGGUGCACUCACUCACCGAGAGGAAAAGUUCUGAGGUCACUUCAAUGGACUAUAUCUGAUCAAAAGGAGGUUAUUUUUUAAGAAGAAAUCUGGACUCUAAAUGUCGGGAAGGUCUUUCUAAACUAUGAAUCAUCUUUCUUACAUUCUUCUCCCAAGGUUCUCUUUCUCACUUGUACUCACUCCUUCAUCCUAUCUAUCAUUUCUCUAAGAUUAGGGGCCCAUAGCUCUAUGAAAUAAAACACUGAGCGCUCAUCUUCACUCUCUCCAGCCACCCUACUUCUGUCUUCCUCUUCUUCCGCUGCAUUUUCUCCUCUCUCCUCUUGCUUUGUUAUGUCUAUUUCCAUGAGGAACCCACCCAAUCGACGGCGUUCUUUGGGUCCUGUCUCACCCAAGCGGAUCUAUAGGAACCUGUCAGUCAGGCUGAGGGGAGGAGAGUCAUCUGUCGGCGGGGCAGCAGACACACCCAAGCGCCUUGGAAAAUCUGCAGAUGCUUACAAGACCUUGUGGGAUGCAGUUGAAAAUGAAGACACAUUAGCUGUACAAAGCCUGUUGUCCCGAAUCCACAACAACUAUGGAGGUGGAGGAGGAAGUGGUGGCGGAGGAGGAGGAAGUGGAGGAGGAACCCUGUGGGAGAGAGGAGAAAAGAAAGACAGAGAGUGGGAAAAAGAACGGGAGAGGGGGGUGAACAGAGUGAGUGAGCAAGGCCUUGUCCCACUGGAUGUGGCUGCCCUUACCCACAAUUCACCUCUGCUCCAUGUGCUGGUAAAGGCUGGAGCAAGGCAUAACCCAAUUUUGUGCAGACCAGCAGAUUGGGCACGUAAGCUUGAUGAACUUGUGGCAUUGGCGAAGGAGAGGGUGGACGAGAGGAAGCAAGAGUUACUGAAGAAGGCCGGGGCAGGGUCCCAUGCACAGGCUGAUAUCCAGAGACAAAUAAGACUCUGGAGCCUCAGACUGCAAUUAUACUGCCGAAUGAAGGAGAAUUUCCAUCAAACAGAACUCCCAGGUCCUCCUAGUCAAGUAUCCAUUGUGGUGAAUAGCACAUCUUCUCUAUUUGUGGCAGUGAAAGAGCUAGAAGGUGACUGCAUAGGGCUCGUCACCUGCUACAAAGUGGAAUGGAGCACCUCGGCAAGCUUCAAGCGCAUCCUUGGCUCAGCCCAAGUUACAGAAACCAAGAAUCCCUCCUAUACUAUCAAGGGACUCAUUGCUGGCGUGCAUUACUUUGUCAGAGCAAGUGCCUACAAUGUGAAAGGAUGGGGUACGCCUCAAGGUUCUACUCCUGUCAGCGCUGCACCCUCAAGUUGGAGAGAGUGCAACGGUGUAAAGUCCCAAUACAGAAACCACGAGGCCCUUGUAAGGAAGCUUUUAGAAGAUUCUGGAGAGGCUCAUAGCAGAGGUUACUACAAAGACAACCCUAAAGCUGAGAGUCCCGGCAAGCGUCUGUCGAUGUCUCGGGGCCUCAAACAACUCUUCCACUCUGCCACCAAGUUUGUUCGUUCUUUACAAAGGGGGGUGUACUUGGCAACUGUGUUCUACCACAAGGAAAACAUUCUGGUGACAGCUGAAGAUCAACUCCCAUUGGUGGAGAUCCAGUGCUGCUCAACCACUCUCACACACAACUUUGUUUGGUUUGCCAAGUUGUCCUGUGCAUGGCAGCAAGUGCCCUGGCUCCUGCAAGCACUCUCCUCUGCUCAUUCAUCUUCUUCGUCCCUUCUACAGAACAGGCACAAUAUUUUAAAAGCUGUCUCCCAGCUGCAGUCUUCACUGGGGACAAUGGACCUUGGCCAAGUGCACUAUGAACCACUCAAAGACCGACAGGGUAACAUUUUACUUGUGACAUUGAAGGAGUUCCCAAAUGCUACCAGCCCUUCUGAGCAUCCACUGCAAUGGAUGCCCCUGUCUCGCCUGGAGAAGAACCGUAGGAGAGCUCCCCUUCUGCCUGAACCAACUGCCAUGGACAUGCUCUAUGAACACAUAAGGGAAAAGCUGGACUACCACAGGCACAGCAAUCAGUGGGCCAAAUCGGGUCUCUAUGUGGGCAUAUUGAAACUAUGGAGCUCCGUGGAACAGAUCAGGGUUUUGGUGCCUCAAAGGUUGCCCAAUUUACUAUGCCACACACGGGUCCGACACAAUGCCCAUGUCACCAGAGAAGAGUGGGCAUGGCUCCAGAGUAAUGUUUAUGAGACGACCAGUGAUGGUAUUCAGAACCUACUGGGCACCAAGGACGACAACUUGGUAGAAAAUAGCAGCCUAGUGGAGUUUAUCAGGUCCCUCAGAGCAGCAGUUUCACAUCUUCUAGCAAAGCUUAACAUCCCCCUCUACAGGGCCUAUCAGUAUGGGGUCUACACCAGAGAGCUGCUGCAGUUAGGAGAAAAGGUGUCUAUGCUGCUGCUUCUUCCGCCAAGUGAAGACUUCAGCUCCAGUUAUUGGCCACUGUUGGGAACUAAAGAGUCCGGCCUUACCAUGCCCUUGCAGAUCUUUGAGCUUGUUCACCUCUGGACAUAUGAACGGGACUUUCUGACCCAAUACUGCCAGGCCUGGGUGAGGGUGGAGCUGGACACUCACCUGGCUCAGCAGGCUUUGCGGGAGGCGCUGGAUAGCCGGGAAGUGCAAGUGGCCCGCGAGCGUCUCAACCAUGUCAGCGACCUAGCCCAUCGUCUGGAUGUGGUAUGGCGGGAUGCCCGCUGGAUUAUGGACUGCCUGCAGUGCGUUAGAUCCAAGCAAUGGGUGGGAGCAGUGCCUCUUGGGUUGGUCAUGGGCGGGGACCCGCCACCGUGUCCUGAUGCUGAAGAAGAGGAGGAACGAUUGACUGCCAGACUUACGUGGCCCCAUCGAAUACAGUCAAAACGGACCACUUCAGAUAAUUUAGUCAGCAUGACUCCAAAUGUUGUCACAGCAGAGGUCUCCUCUCCAGCAGGAAAUACGGUUGUCGUGGAGGAGGCCACAGUGGUGUUAAUGGAGGGCGUUGCAAAGGGAGGGUACCCCGUAGACAUCAGUGCCCAAUCAACUGCGGAUAUGACAAACAUCGGCCAAUCAGAACUGGGAUGUGCAAGCACUUUAAUCGACUCUGGAUUAGAUCCUGCUCCAGUUGGACAGUUGGAAGUGGGCCUGGCAGCUUUGGAUGCACCAGAAUCCUUCAGUGAUUUAGAGCACUUUCCCUCCAGCAUCUCUGAGGUCAUCCGGCCAAUGGAAAUGGCGGAGUUGGUGGAUAUUUUGCCCACACUGAGUCUUAUCGAAGAGGAGAUCCCAAGUAGUCCGUCCGCUCCAUCGGUGAUGGAUAUGCUUCAAUGUUUUGGACUGGGGAUGGCUGAAAAGAGCAGCUGUUUUGACUCAGAGAAUUCAAUUUUGUUGCAUGAAGCUCUAUGUGUUAAUGAAAGCAACAGUGCAGAAAAUACAGACUGUAACCAAACUACUUUAUUUGGACAAGACAUGCUAAGCUCAUAUACAACAGCAUGUGACACAGAGACUCCACCUGGAAAUAAUAUAUCAGUACAGGUUCAUAGUAGAGGACAGAAUUUUCCGGUGCGAAACCAGGCAGAGUGGGACAAAUCAUUUAACAGCUCCUCCUGAUAAACUGUCAACAAAAGACUUGAAUACUUAAUGUGGCUGCGGGUCGGCUGAUUUAACGCAACAACCUUGUGUGGCUCCAAUUGCACAUAUUAAUUAUAACCGAGCAAAAUUGAAAACAAUCUAUUUUGUAAUCAUGUGUGUUAGUCAAUCAAACCUGUUCUACGGUAAAUAUUCAAAAUGUAUCGAAAUAGCCAUGUUUUUGCCGAAUGUACCGUUUUGCUGAUUCCACUGGAAUUAAAAAAAAAAAGUUGCAAGUCCUAGUACUAAACAAUAACUGCUGUGCAAGUGGUCAUACAGAUGACCAACAAUAUAAAGUGAUGGUGCCUUUAUAAGUGGAUGUGAUUUUUUUUUUUAAACCCUUUCAUGCACAAAUUAUGAUUAUUUUUUUUAACCCUUACAGGGCACCUAUUGAUGUCAGUGACAGCCAUUGAUGACAUAAGACGUAAAAAUAUAGAGUGUCACUUGGGGCCGUAA